AUGGAUGAUUUGGAGAUGCAUCUCCAAACGCUUUUGAUACAUAUCCUGCGUCAGUCCUACAUCACUGGGUUUGAAAUUGUGUCUGCCUAUGAUGAGGACUGGCCACAUACAUUCGCUUUUAUUUCGUGCAUGAGGAAUGGUGCGGUUGAGCCAUUCAGAGUCUCUCUUGAGCGUAUGGUACCAAAUGACAUUUGCUUCUUCCCAUACGAGGGUCACUGCCAGACGUGUUCAUUUGACGUCAUCUCCUUAUACUCCAGUUUGGCUGCAUGUAUUCUGAGACCUCCCUAUGAGGCCGAUCAUCUCGGCGUCUAUCGCAGAGAUCUUGGUGCUAUACUGGAUGAUUUCGAGAGGCGCCUGGUACCGCAGGAGUAUCGCCAAAAGCCCGCUCGUGUGCAUUGGGCUUAUGUUGAGGGCUACAUAACAUGGUUCUAUAGGGUGUCACACCCUAUCAUGACAUCAUGCGCUCCUGAAGGGCCACCUAGGUUAGCAUACUUGGAGGUACUUUAG